AUGGAUAUUGAUCUCUUCUGGUCUAUCGGGGGGUUUUUCGGGUUCUUUCUCUAUCCAAACAUUUGCAUGGCAACCGCUCUCAAACUCGACCCAUCUCCAAUAAUAUCCUCGUCCAAUAAUAUUUCAAGAACUCGCCGUUUUCUCAAGUUGUUUGGUCUUCUUUUCAUGAUCCUCAUUGUUUUUGUUAGCUCGUCCGGCGGCCUCUCAAAACCCUCUGAUUUGGGCAUGGCGGCUUCCCGGAAAACCCUUUUAUCGGAGGCUUAUGCCGGAAAAAGUAGUGAUUCUCAUCAAACGGUGGAUUUAGGUGGCGGUAAAAGGGAAAACGGUCAUAUUCCGAAGUCGAAAGGGAAAGAUCACAGCUGGUAUGAGUCGAGCGAUCAUGAAGUUCCAAGUGGGCCCAACCCUAUUUCGAAUAAAUGA